AUGUCAAGUCCGCUCCCCCGAGCAUGUAAUUUUGGCGCCUUACUUUCUCAGCCUACUCAUCGUGGCGGAAGUGCGGUGAGAUUCCUGCAGAAGGCGUGUAGCCCCUGGAAGGCGUGUAGAGCUCUCCACGUGUCAGGAAGCCAACUGAAGCCCCAAGACGAGCCCUCAAAGGCGAUUCCUCGUCGCUCCUUCUCUCUGCUCAGGUUGCUCUCGAGCUCGUGGGUUCAGCUGCCUGCUGGGGUAGCCCUGGGCAUCGGCAUCGGCUAUUCUCUUCCUGCCCUCUUGUCCUCCCCGAGCUCUUGCGUAUCCUUGGCAACUGUUGGGCUAGGUGUUGUCGCCAUGCAGGAUCGACGCCUGUCCUCUCGAAUGAGGCGAUCGCUGUUUGUGAGAGCUGCAGUCCGCCUGUUACACCGCCUGUCCUACAGCAGCGUCUGCUCGAGCAGCCCCCUGAUCGCCACGUGCAUCUGGUACCUGCGCAAUGGCUUCCAUGCUAAUCACUGGCUACGAGAUGACUCCGACUACCUCCGCCCUCUGGUCUCCUCCAUCCUACAGAGGCGGCAGCAUGUCUUCUCCCCUACUGCUCAGUUCACACUUGGGCAUGCGAUCUCGGCAGAGGAAGUGACGGAGCUCGGCGACAGGAGGCUCAGACUCAUCUACGCUGUGCUGCUCCCUCCGACGGAAGGAGAGAAGGCCGAGGGGGAAGACGCACCGGGGGAUGCUGAGGAGACGCGGAGAGAGGAAGGCGACGUGAAACUGUAUGUGAUCGCAGAUGGCAACUCUCGUCUGCCCAAUCCUCUCUCGGUCGCUCUAGUCAGCGACAAGGGAUGUUGGCAGCUCAUGGGCAAGUCCGAAGAUCUAGCGAUACGUGAUGCAUCCUACAUACAGUUCGGAGACCUCACGUCUAAGAGGUGGGAUUCGCUGGACCAAGAGAGCGAGAAGUCAGGAGAUGCUCAAGACAAGACCAUGGAAAAGAAGGGAGAUUGA